CGCCCAAGAACAUGGCCUUUCUGAAGGACCUCCUCCACCAGUCCCCAGAAGAGGAAAAGAAGAAGCCCAAGACGAAACACCUGGUGCAGAGCCCCAACUACUACUUCAUGGAUGUGAAGUGCCCAGCAUGUUACAAAAUCACCAUCCUCUUCAGCCACGCACCAACACUAGUUUUGUGUGUUGGCUGCUCCACUGUCCCUUGCCAGCCUCUGGGAGGAAAAGCAAGGCUUAAAGAAGGAUACUCCUUCAGCUGGAAGCAAUACAAAAAGCACCCUGAAUCAAGAUUAACCCAUCACCCUCCUCCAACCAUGUGUCUGCUGCCUCGGUGGCAGCAGCAACUACAGAUUUUAGAAAAAGCCAACCAGACAUCUUCUUGA